AUCUAUUUCAUUACAUUCUACAUAGUUGAACCACUUCAUUACUCUACUUCUUCCCUCGUCAUCAUGGCUCCCCAGAAGCAAAUGGUCCUCAAGUUGACCUCCUUCCGCUACAAGAAGGAGGGGAUCUCUGAGAAAGAAUUCCACGAAUACGCCAGCAAGUCGCAUGCUCCUAAGGCAGCCAUCGUACAGGCUCGCCAUGGCGCCAUCAAAGUGUGCCAGUACCACACUCCAAGCGCCAGCAAGAGGCUUAUCACUGAGAAGAUCCCUUGGGCCGUACGUCCAGGCUGGGAGAUCGAAGAUCACGACAUCAUGGUGUGUGUGUACGUGCCGAAUGCGGAGACAGCACAGGCGAUUGUGACAGACCCAGACUUCCAGAGCCUCGUGGCUGGCGAGGACGAGAUCUGUGACCAGACUCGCGCCAAGUUGACUGCGGGGUGGGAGGAGGUGUUCGUGGAGGAUGGCAAGGUGGUCGAGGCCGACUAUGGUACAUUUGAGGAGCUCACUAGCCUUGGCCAUGAUAGCAAGCCCACUUCGGCUCCCGAGGGCAUCCGCAUCUAAAAGGGAAACAGAGAAGAUAGCAUCAAAUACCUACUGUAGUAGUUAGCUCCACCAAUAAGAUACGUGUGUGGUUUGUACUAUUUGUGGGACUAGCUGGGCCAUAGGCUGCGUAAAGUGAGGAGCUGGGGUUGCAGCUUAUCCUGUUCGGAAAAUACAUCAGUGUGGAGUAAGUGGUGCCUGUCUAUAACUCAAUGGAAUUAAUAUGCAUUUUA